CAUCCAAUUGCCUGCCUUUGCUUGUUCAGGUGCAUCCCUCGUUCAGCCCUGGCUCUCUGGCCAAAGUACCAUUUCUAAUAUCUGGUGCCCGCUUUACAUCGAAAGCCCCUGGUCACCAUGAACCCGGCACUUAACUCCGACACGCCUCCUCCCCCACCUCCGAAGCCCAGCAGCCACGAGGCCAGUCGAAGAGGCACACCCCAACUCAACUCACCUUUGCCCGGCACACCGCAGCAGCUACACAGAGCCUAUAAUCAACAGGAAAGACUGGACAUGUAUUCAGGACACAGAUAUUCCUCACCAGGGGUUCCUCUGAGCUCCCAGAACGUGCUGCCCCAACCACCUCCUGUUGAGGAAGGUUGGCUACCCAGUAGUGUCAAGGACAAGAGUACUGUGGAUUUGCAAACCAUUCUCAAAGACCCGAACCUCAUCUCCGCGCUGUCGAGCCAGCAUCCAUCCUACACGGCGCAUCAGCAGCAUCUGGAAUCUCUCCUGAAGUACAAUAAAGACCUGGCAACUCGUCUUCUGGAGCUCCAGUCGCAGAUGUCGGAGCUACGGUCCUCGACGGAGACCCUUCUCCUAACCCAUCAAUCUCUCGAGGUUUCCUGGCGGAAGAAGCAAUCCGAGAUGGAUGCUGCUCUGGCCCCGUGGUCGCCCAAGGCGCUGUACCAGAGGCUGGCUGCUUCGAUAUCGGAGCAGGAGGCUGUCUGUCGAGCGGUCGAGGAAAGUUUCCUGGAGGAGGAACACCAUGGCCGGGCGUCGGAGAAGGAGGUCGCGGAUUGGGUUCGACGGGUCAGGGCAGAGUCGGCCAAAUUGGCCGCGAGGAGGGAGGCGAAAGCUAGGUGGGAUGAGGGACGGGUAGGAGGAUGGAGGUGAUGGAAGCGGUCCGUUGGAAUCAAGGAUUCACUACGCUGGGUUAUUAUUGGGUCCCUGAUGACCUCGGGACGGGAUGCGUUUCCCAUUGCUAAGCGUACGGGGAAAAGGGUGA